CGACGACGACGACGACGACGAGGAGGAGGAGGUGGAGGAGGAGGAAGAGGAGGGAGCGGCGACGAAGUGGCACAGGCGACAGCGGGCGGUCACCGCGGACUUUUUGUGUGUAGUGCGUAUUAAAGAGAUAAAAGCCCUGCAUGAGAUAACGCGAUAAGAGAGCAGCGAGAGAGAGAGAGAGAAAGAAAGAGUAGCGAGAGAGAGAGAGAGAGAGAGAGCAAACGUCAGUGAUAGGUCGUGACUGUUCUUUCGACGACGGCGGUGGCUGCGGCGGCAGUAACGGAGGAGCAGGAGGAGGAGAGGAGGAGGAGGUGUGGUGUGACGGGUGCUCUCGCGCGAACGAUCCGAACUGCGAUCGCCAGUCGCGCACGGUCGAGUGAAAAGGGAACGGCUCGCGGUUCGCGGACGCGAUUGACGGGCUGAGGGUCGACGAUAACGGGGUGCCAUCGGGAAUACAGUCGGAGUGACGUUGCCGAUAACGACGGACAAGACGAGGAACACGAGGACGACGACGACGACGACGACGAGGAGGAGAAGAAGAAGAUCGAGGACGUGGACGUGGUCGGCGACAGGCAGCGAGAGGAGAACGAGGACGAGGUUGACGACGACGACGGCGACGAUCAAGAGAAGCGCGACAGUCGUGAUACGACGCUCUCGUAUAAGACGGUCGACGAUCGCUGCUACCUAGACGACAACAUCGGCGCAUCACGUCCGUAGGAGGCUCUCUCGCCCCGACGAGGGCAUCGUGUUCGUCGUCGUUGGUAUCGUAGCGGUGCACACACAGUCACGCGCCACCGCGUACAUCAGCGCCGCGGGAUGGAGAGGCGAGCCGCUUUUGUGCUGCUGGGGAUGCUAUAUUUAGCGGGCACCCUCGUCACGGUCCAGGCAGUGACGUAUUCGGGGCCGGCGGUCGUGCACGAGGGGCAACCUUGGACUAUCGACUGCAACGACUUAAAGGACGAUGAUCCCAUUAGAUGGACCAGGAACGGCCAGACCUUGGAACCUGAGCUGUCCAGCGGUCAGUUGGUCGUCUACUCAAAGUCUGGCACUGGAAACAGCAAGCUUUCGGCGACCCAAGCAACGGAGAACCACGAUGGAGACUACAAAUGCACAAGCGACAGUGCGGACUCCUUCCACCUCUCGAUAUAUUUCGACAUUAAGAUUAGAGUACUUACGCCCAGGGACAUACCUUUGGUACUCGAAUGCACAAACAGAAGCGCCGGCGAUAAAACGCAGUGGCUGAAGGAGAAGACUCCGGUAGUUACGACAUUGGGCGGCAAUGAAGAUAUCCUCAAGAUUGACAACGAGACCGGCACUUUGGAAAUUUUAAAGGACACUGAGGAGGUUUACGGGAAUUACACUUGCAAAGUAGCCAACACCACGACGGAGUACAGAGUCGUACCGAAGCCAAUCGCACACCUGGCGGAAUCUACCAGCGUGGUGGAGGGCGAGAAGCUGCACUUGGUAUGCGGCGGGAAACAGAGUCCCGGCAUAAAGAUAUCCUGGACUUUCGGCGAUCAGAAUUACACGCGCAGCAAAGGCCGCGUGAAGAUCGCCAAGGACCAAGAGAGGGGUAUCUACGGCGCCGUCCUAAUUGUCGACAAUAUCGAGAUGAACGAUCGCGGUAACGUUAUCUGCAGGGUGUCGUACAACUGGUCCGAUCCCGUAGCGGAACACUCGUCAGAGGCCGAGACAUUCCUCAGGGUCAAGGACAAGCUCGCCGCGCUCUGGCCCUUCUUAGGCAUUUGCGCGGAGGUCGUCGUGUUGUGCGCCAUCAUCUUAGUUUACGAGAGGAAGCGGAAUAAAGCAGAACUGGAGGAAUCCGACACCGACCAGAGUCCCGAUACCAAACCAACGCCCAACAAGGAGUCCGACGUCAGGCAGAGGAAAUGAAACAACAAGUAGAUGAAUGAGAGCGAUACGAUAGAAUCGGCAAGAAGAAGUCGUCGUGUGUCAUAGUGUGCUUUAAUGGGGAUUCGCAAAGACAACGGGAUGCGGCUUUGAACGGGGAAUGGAUUGUUUCUAAAUGUGGAAUAGACACUGGGGAAAGAUGGACAGCGAGGUCGAAUAAGCCACUCAUAGUGCACACCUGCGUGAACACAGGCUCGUGCAGACGCAUGGCAGGAUCACAAGUUACUAACAAAUUAAAUUAAGCCUUAUUAUGGUGUUCACUCCAUUUAUCAGAUGUUCGCCUGUUCGUAUUCUUUAACUACACUGCUUUGACCGACGAAGAGAGAGAGAGAGAGAGAGAGAGAGAGAGAGAGAGAGAGAGAGAGAUAUGUGUUGACACAAGAAUUAUGUACAAGUGCCGAUGACGUGAGUGCGUACCAGGAACGGAGGAUGGCAAUGGGCGAGAGAGGGAGAGAGAGAAAGAGAGAAUAAGUAAUGCAUGUAUGAAUGAAAAAAAAAGCUAACAAAAAAAUACCAGAUCGAUAGAUUGAAGAAGAAGCAGUAAAUAAAACGGCAUGUCCGUCGAUCGCGAGUACGCGCACGUGCGCGAUUAUAUAUACAUAUAUAUAUAUAUAUGUAUAUAUAUUAUAUAUUAUAUACAUAAAAUUUCCCACGGAAUGCUUAGAAGAUUUGCAGUACCACAGACUGUCGGGCGUCGCGCGUUCACUCGUCGCAUUACAUCGCCUCCUUCCUUCUACCCUUUCCCGAUCUCGCGCGGUACUCGCGCUUCGCGUUCGACGGACGCGUCGUGGGAUAUAGAUUCGCGUAGACUCGUUUCUCAAAUCGCACGUGUGACCGAAGAAAAAUAAACUUUAUAGUAGGGCCGAAAAUAUGCGCUCGAUACUAGUUAUGUAAUAAUAGGAACGCGGGCAGUGCGUGCCACAUUUGGCUUCCGGAUACGCUCGCACAUUCUUGAGGAUCAUAAGAGGGAAUGAGGGGGAGAGAGAGAGAGAGAGAGAGCGAGAGCGAGCGAGCGAGCGAGCGAGAAUGAGUGAAUAAUUGAGAGAGAGAGAGAGCGCGAGAGAGCGAGAGCGCUUAUCUUUGGCGUCGCCUUAUUACGAUAUAUUCCAUCAUUCGUGGAGAUAUCCCGGAAGUCUGGCUGCACGCGACGCCGUUGUUAACGACAUUAAUGUAAUUAAUACUGUAAUAUUAUUGCCAUCGUUACUACUGCUGCUACUACUAUCGUUAUUAUGAUUAUUACAAGUAUUAUAUCGUUAAUUUUA